UCAACUCACACAGCCAUAGCCCACAGUUCAUCACAUCGACCAGCUACUGCGAGAUGGAGCCCAGCGGCACGAUCGCCUUCGCCACCAUCAGCGUCGCCGGCUUCGGCUUCGACGUCUUCUCCGUCGCCGUCCCGCAAUCCGCAGAAAUAAGCGUAUCCGCCUCGGAGCUGGCGGAGCUCUGCCACACGGACGGCGUGUCCGUCAAUUACAACGCCCAGUUCGCCGACGACGGAGGCGAGGAGGUGGCCUUCGUCUCCGAGCGCGCCGGCUCGGCGGGCCUGUACCUGUCCCGGCCGGGGUCGUGGUCGGAGCGCGCCGUGCCGCUGCCGACCGUGGAGGAGAGCCCGUUCCACGACCGCCCCACGGUGAGGGGCGGGCGGCUGUACUUCGUGUCCGCGCACGAGAAGCCGGCCGUGCCGUUCAGGAGCUGGGCGGCGGUGUACGCCACGGACCUGGCCAGCAAGGAGACGGCGCGCGUCACGCCGCAGGGCGUCGUGGACAUGAGCCCCGCCGUGUCCGCGUCCGGCGAGCUCCUCGCCGUCGCGUCGUACGGGGAGAGGCCAUGGGCGUUCGACUUCCAGGUGCUGGAAACAGAGGUGGCCGUCUUCCGUGCCGCCGACCCUGCCCGCCGCGUCGUCGUCGCUGCGAGGGGCGGGUGGCCGACCUGGCACGGGGAAGGCGCCGUCUUCUUCCACCGCGUCGCGGACGACGGCUGGUGGAGCGUCUUCCGGGUGGACAUCUCGCCGGAGACACUCGAGCCCUCCGGCGCCGAGACGCGCGUGACGCCGCCGGGAGUGCACUGCUUCACCCCCGCCGCAUCGGGCGGCCGCUGGAUCGCGGUGGCGACACGGCGGAAGGAGCGCGCGCACCGCCACAUCGAGCUGUUCGACCUCGAGACGGAGCGGUUCGCCUCGGUUACCUCGCUCCUCAACCCGGAGCUGCACCACUACAACCCCUUCUUCUCGCCGUCGGGCGCGCGCCUCGGGUACCACCGCUUCCGCGGCGCGGGCGCGCCGGGCGAGUCGGCGAUCCCCUACCUGCAGCCGGUGCGCAGCCCGGUGAGCUCCGUGCGCAUGCUCCGCGUGCACGGCUUCUUCCCGUCCUUCUCCCCGGACGCGAAGCACCUCGCGCUCAACGGCGACUUCAACAAGGGCCCCGGCCUCACGAUCCUCCGGACCGACGGCUCCAAGCGCUGGGUGCUCACCGAGAAGCCCAGCCUGUUCUACACCUCCUGGAGCCGCGCCGAGACCGGGGUCGUGUUCACCUCCAUGGGCCCCAUCUUCGAGACGCACAAGGCCACGGUCCGGAUCGCGCGCAUGGAGUUCGACCCGACCGACCUCACGGACGACCGCGACGACGUGCACGCGGCGGUGAACGAGCUCACCCGUCCGGAGGCCGGCAACGACGCGUUCCCGGCGGCGUCGCCGUGCGGGCGGUGGGUCGUGUUCCGGUCCGGCCGCUCCGGCCACAAGAACCUGUACAUCGUCGACGCGGCGCGCGGCGAGGAGACGAUACGGAGGCUCACCGACGGCGAGUGGAUCGACACGAUGCCCAGCUGGUCGCCGGACGGGAGCCUCAUCGCGUUCUCCUCCAACCGGCACGACCCGGCCAAUGCCGCCGUGUUCAGCAUCUACCUGGUGCGGCCGGACGGGACGGGGCUACGGCGCGUGCACGUCGCCGGGCCGCCGGGGAGCCCGGAGGCGGACAAGGAGCGGUUCAACCACGUGUGCUUCAGCCCGGACUGCCAGUGGCUGCUCUUCACGGCCAACCUCGGCGGCGUCAAUGCCGAGCCCAUCUCGGCCCCGAACCAGUUCCAGCCCUACGGCGACCUGUAUGUGUGCCGACUCGACGGGUCAGAGUUGGUCAGGCUUACCUGCAACGCCUACGAGAACGGCACGCCGGCGUGGGGGCCGGCGCUCGGCGUGGAGUCGCCGUCGCUAGGCCCUCCCGCGGCGGACGAUUCGCUCGGCGAGUUCGCCGAGCCGCUGUGGCUUACCUGCGACGUCUGAUCGAGGCAGUGAUGAUGACCGGUGAAUUUCGAUUUCCAAUUGCCUCGGUUGAUAAUAACGGUGAGAAGAACCCUGAUUGUGUCGUGUGGGGAACAGUGAUGGUGUUGGAAACAUUUUGUACUAUUAUUGUUGAAUAAAUUAUUGAAAAGUUACCAAGUGCU